AUGCCAUCAAGUGAGAUCGACGCCAUCAUGGCUGAAGCUGAGCCUCUGGCAGCUGAGCUCUCAGGCUCCACCCCUCCUGGGACCGUGUGGCUGCUGAGCAACCAAUCAUCUGUGGAGUUUGUGUCUGAUGAUGUCAACAAUCUGUCCGGGUUCAACGCCACCUACAGCGCCGUAGACACCUCCGACCUGUCCGACCAGGUGAAGCUCACCUGUACCUUUGAGGGCGGUCUGUGUUUCUGGCAGCAGCAGCAGGACGACGACGGCGAUUGGAUUCGAACCAGCGGCGCCACGUUUCCUCCACUGAGUGGCCCGAGUGUCGACCACACACUCGGUAACCAAUCAGGUUUCUACAUCGUCACUCCUCUGAGUCCAGGCCAAUGGCUGAAGAGCUUCAGGAUCCACAGCCUCCCUCUGACUCCGCCCGCACAGCCCAUGUGUCUGAGCUUCUGGUACCACAUGUUCGGAGACGACGUCCACCGUCUCAGAGUCCUGCUGUCUGACCCCGACGUCACCGUGGUGUUCCAGAGAGACGGUAACUAUGGCAACAACUGGAACUACGGCCAGGUGACCCUCAACCUGACGACGGAGACGACGGUGGUGUUGGAAGCUCUGAAGAAAGGAGGGCUGAGGAACGACAUCGCUCUGGAUGACAUCACACUGACCUCUGAGCCCUGUGGCCCCGCCCCCCCUGAACCAACCAACGUACCGCCGCCAACAACCACGCCCCCUAUACCAGCCAACUGCGGAGGACCCUUUGACCUCUGGGAGCCAAACUCCACCUUCAGCUCACCAAACUACCCACAAUCCUACGGGAACGAGGCUCAGUGUCGGUGGACCCUCCACGCCCCUGAUGGUCAGAACAUCCAGCUCCACUUCCUGGACUUUGACGUUGAAGCAACCUAUGAUGUCGUAGAGGUGCGGGACGGGGCAGGGCCAAACUCCACCUUACUGGCUGUCCUCACUGGCAGCGAUGGCCCCGCCCACGACUUGUUCUCAACAACCAAUCAGAUGACACUGUGGUUCUUCACGGACAAGUUGGGUCACGGCCGUGGAUUCAGGGCCAACUUCACCUCUGGGGUCAACCUGGGGUCACCAGCUGCGUGUGCAGCCGGUCACUUCCAGUGUCAGACAGGAAGCUGUAUCCAUGGUAACGGUCAGUGUGAUGGCGAGGUCGACUGUCCCGACGCUUCUGAUGAAGCCGACUGUGUUGUGUUACAGCGGAACGAUUCCAGUCGUCUCCAGUUCCAAAUUGUUUCCUCUCUGCUCACCGUGUGUGCCGACACCUGGACCUCUCACCUCACUGACUUCACCUGUCAGUACCUGGGACACAGGUCAGGGGACGCUACAUUGCUGCCCGCUCUGCCACAAGAUUCACCAUUUGCAAUCGUCACAGUCACCAACAACAGAACACUGGAAACCAACGUCAGUGAAACCUGCAGCAGUGACAAGGUGGUGUCUCUGACCUGCGACAACCAACCUUGCGGCGUCCGACAGGUUGUUAAUGACACGGUGGAAACGGAUCAAUCAGCAGAGAGGAAACCUGGUGAAGGUGAGGCCAGAGUGGUAGGCGGAGUUAACGCGGUGAAGGGGGCGUGGCCAUGGAUCGUAUCUCUUCAUUGGAGGGGGCAUCACUUGUGUGGAGCCUCUCUGAUUGGCAGAGACUGGCUGCUGACGGCGGCACAUUGUGUCUACGGGAAGAACGUCCACCUUCAGUCGUGGUCAGCUGUUCUGGGUCUUCACUCUCAAAGUGACAUGAGCUCUGUGGACGUUCAGACCCGAAGAGUCGAUCGCAUCGUCAUCAACCAAGAGUACAACCGCCAGACCAAACAGGCUGACAUCGCCAUGAUGCAUCUGCAGCAGCCAAUCAGUUUCACCCAGUUCGUCCAGCCGCUGUGUUUACCUGCUGAGGGUCAGAACUUCACCGCAGGGACCAGAUGUCUGAUCGCUGGAUGGGGACGAGUCGCUGAGCAGGAGACACUGAGCCGAGGCGACUCUGGAGGUCCACUGGUCUGUCUGGAUGAUGGAUAUUGGACUCUGAUUGGUGUGACAUCAUUUGGUUAUGGCUGUGGACGUCCUCAGAGACCUGGAGUCUACGCCAGAGUGUCUGCCUUCACCUCCUGGAUCGCCCAGACCAGACGCUCCUCCUCCUCCUGAUGAUUUAAUUUAUAAAUCAAUAAAAAUCGUAUAAUUAAUCAAUAUUCUGUCUCAAAUUAUUUAUUUAACUGAUAAUUAGCCGUGUAAUAAGCGGGAUAAUGUAUAAUGAGCCGCUGAAUACUGGGAAAACAACUCCCUUCAGGGGAAUAGAAC